ACACGCAGAGAGGGAACUUCGAGCAAUACCGGUCUCAUGAUUUUGCUGCUGAUUUUGCUGCUGUUGAAAGCGAGUUUCACGAUGAAUCUGUCGCUGUAUCACUCAUCAAUUCAAACUGACGGUUCUACAAGAGCUCAAGACGACCACAUUGAAGGUCUCGCUUUUUUCGAGAAAACUACAUCUUUACCACCUGCUAGCAUCAUGGACGCCACGUCUUUCAAACUUGGAGAUCAGCAGUUCCUCGUCAUUCCCACUAUAUUAAACGCACACAAAGGUGGAUCUACUCCGUCAUAUAUAUACAGAUUUGCAGAAGGAUCGCUACACAAAUAUCAGGCACUCACAUCACAACAUCAUUACAGUAGUGCAAGUGCAAGUUUCGAAGUAGCAGGAAAUGUCUACCUUGCUAUUGGCCACUAUCAACAUGACUCGUCGACCAUUUAUCAAUUACAGGGUCACAGAUUUGUUCAUUUUCAGCACGUUUCGACUAAUAAGUUUGUUACGGACAUAGAACACCUUCACAUGGAUGGUCACGAUUACUUGGUGUUCGCUUGCUAUUACAGCAGUCAGUCGCUAUUAGUCUUCUUGUGGAAUAAUGGAAAUUUUGAGUUGUACGAAACAAAGCAGAUUAAAGGAUUUCGAGAUGUGGAACAUUUUGAAAUCGGUGGUGAACAUUACUUGGCCGCAGCCAGAUACAAGUCGGGUUCUUCGGGUAACGUCGAUUCCUAUAUCUACAAAUGGACCGGAGUUCAUUUUGCACUUUUCCAAACCAUUCCCACAAAAGGAGCAUUGAAAUUCAGUUUUACUCGUAUUGGAAAAAUGUUAUUUCUAGCCGUGGCCAACAUGGUAGACAGCGACAAACCAGCUGACCAGCAGUUCAAGACUUUGUCCGCAGUUUACAAAUGGAAUGGAAAGAAAUUUGAAGACUUUAGAUAUCUCAAUACAACUGCAGCUGCGAGUGUCAGCUUUGUCAACAUGAGACACCACAGUUAUCUUGUAGUUGGAAGCAUCUUGGCAAAUGGAAUAUCAGUCUACAGAGCUGAAGGAUCGGGAUUCCACUUGUAUCAGAGAAUUCCUAAUGUCAACGCCACUCAUACAGAGUUCAUUCAAAGCAAUAAUCGCACGUACAUGUUUGCAGCAGGUGGCUUAUUUGGAAACAGACACGUUUCCAGUGUCUACGGAUGGAUGGAGUCGUAAGGACACACGAAGUGACGUUGACUUUGAGUUGUAAAUGAUUGCUAAAUUUUUUUAGUUUAUUACAGUGUGAGCUAGUGUUUUGUCAAUAAUCCAAAUCAUUUUUCCACAUGUACUCAAAUUUUGGGUUUGCGUAUACAGUAUAUGGUUCAACAAUUGCAAUUGCAAGUUGCUGCGAAUGAA